AGCAACCUGACCAGCACCAUGGCCACCACCGCCAGUUCAGCCAGCACGAAGCUGACCCCCACCGAGUGGUACGUCGUGUCCACCAUGUUGUCCAUCUUCUCCGUCACCGGCAUCAUCGGCAACGCUCUGGCCAUCUACGUCUUCGCCAGCCUCAAACAGAAGCUGACCUCCACGAUCUUUAUCUUGACCUUGGCCGGCACAGACUUCAUCACGUGCCUCAUCACCAUCCCCUUCACCCUCAUCAUCGAGUACAUGGAGUACAGCAUCGACUCGGACGAGUUCUGUAAGGUCUACCACUUCCUCAUCACCACCACGGUGCCGUUCUCCUGCGUCGUUAUAGUGGCCAUCGCAGUCGACAGAUACAUGUGCAUCUGUCACCCCUUUCAUCAUUGGAUGAACAUACAAAGAGCCCGCAUCAUCAUCGUCUGUCUCGUCGUCAUCAUCUUCAUCAUCGGCGGCAUCGUCGGUGCCCACCACAGCAUCUACAACCUAACCUACGUCAACGACACCUCGACCUUUACCCCCUCUCUACACACCCCGAAAACCUUCGACAUAACCAUUGGAGGAACCGGUAUGACCUUCACCCCUGACCCCAUUUCCCCCGGCCCCAGCUACUCGCAGGAGGUUCCCAUGCCAGCAAGGAACCGAACCCAGCCCUCCGUGGCGCCGGUCGAGAACACAACCGUGCUGAUCAACCCCAUACACGCCGUGUACGUCAAGGUGCCGUGUGACGUCAACGAGAACCUGUUCAAUGCCGGCUUCUUCAAGGUCUUCAAGUACAUGUACACCGCCAUCUUCGUCGUCAGCUGUGUCAUCGUCUUCGCUCUUUACGCUCUCAUCUAUAGGUCCGUGAUCGCCCAGCGCAAGAAGAAGCUCCACAUCAAAUCAGCUCAGUGCUGCCUGCUGUGGAACGCCGCCAGCGUGGACCAGCCCCACGAGACGGCGGAGAUGACCCAGGACAUUGAACUGAGUCACGUGAACGGGGAUGAGCGCACCAGACAGAACUCGGCCACGGCGGAGGAGCUGGAGACGCACAACAACGGUGCGGUGCGCAAAUGUUCGCUCUCCAAGGCGCGCAUCGAGAGGAUGCGCGUCGCCAACAUCAAAACGGCCCUGACCUUGUUUAUCGUGACCUUGGUGUUUAUUCUGGCCUUCUUGCCGGCGUGGCUGAUGGCGUUAGAGGUCAUUCAGAUGAAGGUCAUAGUCUUCUACAUGCACUUCGUCUACAACGUCGCCAACCCGUUCAUCUACGCUUUCCUCAACCAGAACUUCAAGACGGAGCUGCGACGUAUCUUGAGGUGCGGCAAACAGUGACACUACACCAACAAACUUAGUUCGACUUAAUUACAAUUUUACUUAAUUAUCCAUCAUUUGCAUGGAUUCCAAAUCCCCCUGUUUAUAAAACCACCAACUUUGGAAUAACGGUCAAGUUUUCUACAUCAACCUGACAACCGGAAUUACAAACUGUCCAAUCACCAUCGAGUGCUGUUUUAUAAAGCACAGCAGCAGCUUUGAUGAAACGACUGCUGUUCUACCAGACACAGCUUUAAUGACGCAGCUUAGUGACGUGUUAUCUGCUAUGACGUCACCCAUGAACCUGUCUAGUGGCACACUGGCUGCUGACAGUGUCAGCUCUGACUCCAAAUGGUCCCCGACGUGUUCAUAAAGUGUUCGAUUAAGUUUGGAUAUGAUUUCAAUAUUGGUCGAUUGGGUGGAUAUUUCUAUCUUCGACUAACUGGAUGGACAUUUUAAAGUGUGGUCGGCUACAUGGACAUUUCAAUAUUCGAAUCACUGGAUGGACAUUUCAACAUUCGGUCACCUAAAAGGACUUUUCAACAUUAGGUCAACAAAAUGGACAUUUCAACUAUUAAUUCAUAGGAUGGACAUCUCAACCUUUUUUUUCUCUAAAAAUACGGACAACUCUCCAACAAGGUGCUGCCAAUUUGGCCAGUUAAACAUCCCAUCUGGCAUGUCCUUAACAUGACGCACCUGGCAUAGAUGUCAAUAGCAAAUUAACUUUUGCCACAAGACCGUUAAUGACGUCAUGUUACACUUUUACAAGCUAAACCAAAAAUAAAACGUAAAAACAAUAAAAUGUGACCUUUCAGCUUACGUUAUAAGUGUUCAUAAUGUUACAACAUGAAAUAUUCAAAUGAUUGAUGUGUAAAGACUUCGGUAGUGGACUAGUUAAUAGACUGACAU